AUGAAUGGCGAGAUUGGAUCCGAUUCUAACAGAAUAGCUGUAAUCCUUGAUUUCUGUCCUCCUCACCUCGUCUACGCUAAGGAACCUGAAAAAGAAUGUGAAAAGCCAAGUGAUCCUAAUAAUUUGAAGGAAUCUCCUAUUGAAGAAUGGUUUUCAAAGGAAAUGUUCGAGGACCUCUUCCCGAAGGCGAACCUCGGUCUAGGUCCCCACGAAUGCCUGCCUUACUCUUACGAGUCGUUCACAAUUGCUGCAAGAUAUUUUCCGGAAUUUGGAGGAGAAACUUCUAAUAAAGGCUACGAGGAAUGGCAGCAUCAAAGGCGCGACGUUGCUGCUUUUCUUGCGCACGUACUUCAGGAGACUGGCGAAACGGAUGUGUCGCUUUACAACUCAACUUUGUCGGAUAACGAAGCAGCCGAGUGUUUCUAUCGUGGAGGGUUUUACAAUUGGUUUGAGAGGGGACCCAACAGUUCGUUACUUCUGCCAAGUUUUCCUGGUUUCCAUGUGCAAGAUGGAAAAAGAUGCACUGCUGAGGGACAGUAUUGCAAAAAAGACGCAGUGUUGGAUUUCUGGUAUCCAUGUAAUGAAACUGUAGAGACUCAUGCUGGCAACACAUAUCACAAAGGCUGCUACUUUGGUAGAGGCGCUCUGCAGCUAUCCUGGAACUACAACUACGGUCUUUUCCAGCAAUUCCUGCUUUCAAAAGGAAUAAAAGUUGACUUGAUCAAUAAUCCAAAUUUGGUCAUGACCAAGAUGGAUCCACCGCUAGCAAUGUUGGCUAGUCUCUGGUUUUAUAUGACACCGCAACCACCUAAACCAUCGAUGCAUAGCAUAGUGAUAGGUGAUUGGCGGCAAUCCGAGAAAAACAGAAGAGCUGGCUUCAGCGGUCCUAUAUUUGGCCCAACAAGCCUAGUAAUAAACAAUGAAUGUGGCGGUGAGGAUCCUGAGGAGCCAGGAGGACCAGGUGAAUCACGAAGAAUCAAAGCGUUCAAGUGGUUCUGUAAAUAUUUCGGUGUUCCAUCUGGAUCUGAGAGGUCUCUCAGCUGUAAAGGAAUGAUCGAUAACUUUGAUGCUGUUCUCCAUAUGUACUCAUGGCAACCCGACUGGGGCAACAUGUGGAGAUCCAGAGCAUGUGACUGUGAGCCUGCAGCAUAUGGAGGACCUCUGCCGUAUUACGACCAGAAAAUCUACCCAAGCCGAUUCUCGAAAGAAAAUGAACGUAAUCGUUUGAGAUGUGUGUACAGUAUCUACAAGAAUCCAGAUAUAUUUCGGCUGAAUGAAGAAAAUUCACCUUGUCUGAAACACAAGCCACGAAUUUCUCUGACAAAAACUGGUAUCAAGAAGUGA